AUGGUUACCAUUGUUUCCCCAGCGCCAUGCCUGAGAUGUAAGAUAGUGGUGAACUGCACCAACCCCAACACCAUAUCCCUUCUGGCCGCCCUGGAGAACGUCAUGAAGUUGUACUCCAUACGACCUGUCAUGAACCUCUCAACCCCCACCAACAUCAGCAUGUACUUCACUCUCUACGGCAUCCUGGGUGUGGUAAGGAGUAGUAGGACAGCAUGUAUGGAUGAAAACAGAGCUCCCAUCGUCCCUUAUGUGUACAUUAAGCACACUGGUAUAGUGCGAGACGCCAACCCUGUCAGAGUGGUUAGCUCCUGUAACCUGGAGAUCUACACCUUCCCCUUUGACGUCCAGAACUGCACCUUCACCUUCAGAUCCUACAUCCACCACGUGUCGGACAUAAGGAUUAUUUUAGGGAAGAAGGUGGAGGACAUCCUGAAACGCUCCAUUAGCGUGUUGUCCACUGAAGGGGAGUGGGAGCUGAUGGACAUCAAAUCCAGCAAGUUCAAGUUAUCAACAUUCAAUCAGGGAGAAAGCAACCCCUAUGAUGAGCUUUGCUUCUAUAUUGUCCUGAGGCGCAGAGCAACCCUCUACGUGGUGAACCUCCUGAUCCCCAGCUGCUUUCUCAUCACUGUGGAUCUCUUCAGCUUCCUGCUGCCUCCCCAGAACGUGGACCGCUCCUCCUUCAAGAUGACCCUAAUUUUGGGCUACUCCGUCUUCCUGCUCAUCGUGAAUGACCUUCUGCCCGUCACAGGAAGCACCAUUCCACUGAUAAAUGUGUUCUUCGCCAUCUGCUUGGCUCUGAUGGUGGCCAGCCUGCUGGAGACUAUUCUCAUCACCAACCUUCUGGUCGCCCCCUGUAACUUCCACCCAGUGCCUGGCUGGGUCCGAGUCCUCGUCCUGCGCUUCAUGGGCACCCUCGUCUGGCUGCCUCAGAAAUCCAGAGAGGACAAGAUCAUCCUCAAUCCAGUUGCAAGAGAAACAGACGUGAAAGUCUGCCCUCUAGUGUUGGUGGAGAGACAGGUUCAAACAGGAGAACCAGGUAAGAUGUGGGCAGAGGCAGACGAUCCAGCCCUGGUGGAGCUGAGGAAUCUGGGCAAUGAGCUCCAGUCCAUCCGCCUCCAGGUGGCCCAGCAUGUGGACGGGAACCAGAUCUCCCAGGACUGGAUGCAGGUGGGCUACAUCAUAGACCGGCUGCUGUUUGGCGUCUACUGCAUCUUCAUCACCUUCAGCUUCAUCGUCAUCCUCAGCAUCUGUAGUAAUUCGUACAACCAGUGAUGGUUAAAAAAACUAGGUGGUGAAACACCAUUCGUUGUGAAUAAAGUAACGCUCCCUAUAUGUUCUUCGCAUUUUUCCACGAUCGGUGGCUAAAUGUUUGCGUAAAAUACAAAAUGUGUGGAAAUAGUGCUUACCCUCCACUACACCACCGUGUACAAGACUUAAGAGUCUCCCGUGUUGUCAACUGCUGUUUAGAAUU